AUUAAAUGGAGUCAGGAUAUGAUAUAAUCGUGGUUGGCCUCGGCUGCGUCGGCCUUUCUACUGCAUAUCAAUGUGCCAAGAAUGGUCUUAAAGUAUUAGCACUUGAACAACACAUAGAGUCUGGUAUGCUAGGAACUUCUUCUCAUGGCCUAGCUAGGAUAUGGCGGACAAGCCACCCUAAUAAACUUCUCAAUGAAAUGAUGUAUAAAUCAAUAAGCCUCUGGAAAGAGCUUGAGCAGGAAUUUGGAGAAGAACUUCUUGUCACUAAAAGUAUGCUAAAUAUGGGACCUAAAGAUCAUGAAUCCAUUCAGUAUAUUUUAAAGCAAAUGAAAAUAGACGAAGAAAUUAUUUUGAUAUCUUUAAAAGAAAAGGAGGCUGAUUCUCAUGUAAUGGGAAAAGAGUAUAAAGUCCUAAACUCUGAAGAAAUCAUGAAGAAUUAUCCAGCAAUUAAAAAUCUUCCUGAAGAUUAUAUUGGAAUUAUUGAUAAUUGUUCUGGAUGGAUUUAUUCUGCCAAAAUAAUGAAGCUCCUGUCAGAGUAUUUAACCAACCACGAGAGUGUAACAGUGAAGUAUAACACUAAAGUUGUUAAAGCUACUAAGAACUCGGUGACUUUGGAGAAUGGCGAUGAAUAUUUUGGAGAGAAUGUGGUCCUCUGCACCGGAUGUGAAACUAAAGAAUAUUUUGACAAAAAAUUUCAGUCAGAGAAAAAGGCAGUUGAAUACUAUAUUUUCAAUCCUGUUGAAGGUCUCCCACCUACUUUCCAUGAAUACCUACCAGAUGGAGGUAUAUUUUACGGAACUUUUGAACCAGAUGGAGAGAAAAUGACAUACAAAAUUGGAAAUUAUUAUGGAAGAAAAUAUGAGAUAAUGCUUGAGUAUUUAGCAGAAAGAUAUCCCACCUUAAAAUCAAAACUCAAGUAUGGAGUACCAUGUUUUUUUACAAACACACCAGGCUAUGAAUUCCAAUACAAAAAGGAUGCAAGCGGAGUUCAUUAUGCAUAUGGAUUUUCAGGGACCGGGUUCAAAUUUAUGCCUCUUCAUGGAGAAAUAGUAUACAACGGGAUAUUCGGCACAAAGGAUCUCUCUAAAUGGAAGGAGAGAUUUAUUAGCAAGCUCUAA